GGUCCGUGAUGGUGGUGAAGGUGGAGUCAGUUCCCUUGUUACUGGCUGCAGUUCUCCCGUUUCUGGUCGCUCAUCCUCUUCUCCUAAAUGUUAACCGGGGAACUGACACAGCUGAAGUUGUCGUGGCAAUUUUAGGAACAAGAUCAGACCCUCGCUGCUCCGUCCUCUUUCUUGUAGAUGACAAACCUUCCUCCACCUCUCUCUUCACGGGGUUCAGGUCUCACCGACCUCCGUGGAGUGUGACAGUGUUUGAGGCGACAGAAGGCGGCCAGAACGCCAACGUGACACUGACGAAGCUCUCCCGGGUGGUCGCUCACGCUAGGCGGGUGCGGCAGGUGUCAUGGUGCGUGACAGUGGUGGUGGUGAGUGACGACCUGGCCUUCCUCUCCACCUUCGCCCAGUGGUCCCUCAAGGGUCGCCUCCUGGUGUGGUCCACCAGGCUCCUGGUCGUCACCCGUCUGCCCCUCCACCACCUCCAGGUCCUCCACGGGCUCCUCUCCUCCACCAACUCCAUCUUACUCAUUGCUGAAGACAUUCCCAGAAUGCUCAGGUGCAGGUUGUUUGUGUACCUGCCCUACACCUCCCGGGAAGACCUGCCUGAACGGCUGGCUACCUGGACGCCGCAGCGAGGCUUCGUGCUAGCCUCCAGCCUGCCGUUCUUCCCAGACAAAUACACCAGGUUCCUUCGGCGGCCACAGUUGGUGGCGGCAACGGAGGCGCUGAACUCCCGCGAAGUGACCAAAGUCAAGAGUGACGGAGGAAGCAAAGAUUAUAUGAUGCUUUAUCUCGCACAAGGACUCAACUUUACGUACAAGUACGUGAGCACCGCUGACGGAUCAUUUGGCUCAAAACAGGACGAUGGUUCGUGGUCCGGAAUGGUGGGAAUGGUGAGCAGAAAGGAGGCAGACUUCUCCAUUGGCCCGUUUGGUAUGACUGAGAGUCGCACUGAGGUUAUAGACUUCACCUGGCCAUUCACCAUCCAGUACUCAAUGAUCAUGGGCGCUCGAGGGCGUCCAGUUGUGGACCCUUGGGGCUUCGUGCUGCCCUUGGAGCCCCUGGUGUGGGCGGCCAUCCUGACGGCGCUGCUGGUGCUGCCUGUCGUGAUGGUGCUCCUGGCUUCAUGCUCCUCAGUCACAACUCUUAAACAGUACACCUGGGGGAAGGACAUUUUUGACUUGACUCGAAUAUUGUUACAACAAGACUACAGAGCUUCAGCCAUCGUGGGGUGGAGGCGGCUUGUGUUGGUGGCGUGGAUGGUAUUGGGUCUGGUGGUGAGCAGGAGCUACCAGGGAGACCUUAUGUCGGGGCUGGCAGUGAGGCACAUCCGUCAACCCUUCCAGACCAUACGUGACGUCCUCGACCAUCCCACCAUAACAAUGCUGUGGCAGACCAACUCAACCAACGUUCAGUACUUUCGUGCUGUGGAGUCCGGGAUAUUCCGUGAGGUAGCGGAGGCAGAGACCAAGAGCCGCGUCAAGUACAAGUUGCUGUCGGAGUUCCCUCAGGCCAUCAACACCCUGGUGAGGCGCGGCGACCACGUCCUCAUUGACCUGGAGAUCGUCAUAACUAUGAUCAUCGGGCAGUACUUCACCCACACAGGACGGUGCGACUUCUACUCCUCGAGGGAGAGGUUCCUGCCCAUGGUGUUGUCUAUGAUCGGCCAGCGAGACAGUCCCCUCGUUCCUGCCCUUAGCAAGAGAGUGAACUGUAUAUCCUGUGUUCCCCGAGGAAUGGCCCUAGACUUAGCCAAGAAAUAUCCUCACUCCAACGCUUAUAAUGUUCGCCGACCCUUGUACAGUCUUAAGAGAUGUAUCCCUAAGAUCGUCCAGUACCAGGAACAAUUCAUAUCUCUAAAGGAGAAAAUCUUCCAUAUAUUGUUGCUAUAG